AUCUGGAGGUGCUACCUGACUGGAGCAGACGUGACGGUGCGAACCGAUCACAAAUCACUACAGUACCUGAGGGCGCAGCCGAAUCUCAACCCGCGGCAGAUACGCUGGCUGGACUAUCUGGAGUCGAAUUUCACGUACAAGAUCACGUACAAAAAGGGCGCCAACAAUAUCGCCGACGCCCUUUCCAGACCAUCUGCCCAACUCGCAGCAGUACUAGUCGCCCAGAGCAACCCGCUACUGAGUGGACUAUUUACCCAUGGGUAUUCGACUGACCCCUUCUUCGUAAACGACGGCCAUCUCCCAAUCACUACGCGGAAAGGCGUCUAUUACUUACGAAGCGGGACUGAUCGAAUUUGGGUCCCAAGUUAUCGUCUACUUCGCGAAUUACUAAUUCAAGAAGUCCACGAUUCGAACUUAUCGGGACAUUUCGGGGUUGAUAAAACUCUGAAGGCGUUGCAGCGGUUUUAUUACUGGCCAGAUAUGGUGACGGACGUGCAGCGUUACGUGGCCGCGUGUCCGAUCUGCCAGCGAAUGAAAUCCUCACACCAGCGACCAACAGGACUGUUGCAGCCCCUCGAGCCACCUCAACGCCCUUGGCAACACGUAACGAUGGAUUUCGUUACGGGACUACCGGUCGGAUCUAGCGGAAACGACGCGGUUUUGGUUGUCGUCGACCAAUUGACGAAAAUGGUGCAUUUCGCACCAUGUCGUACAACCAUCACAGCUGAAGAAACAGCGCGCCUGUUCAUCUCGACCAUCGUUCGACUACACGGGAUACCAGCAGCAAUCAUUAGCGAUCGAGAUCCGAAGUUCACGUCCAAAUUCUGGCAGGACACGUGGGCUCGGUACGGCACGCGUCUACGGUUCUCAUCCGCGUAUCAUCCACAAACGGACGGCCAGACGGAAAGGACAAAUCAAACGAUGGAGCAGCUGAUUCGGACAAACUGCCCCGACCGAAACAAAUGGGAGGACGUGCUGCCCAUGUUGGAAUUUUCCUACAACAACGAGCCCUCAUCUACGACUAAUCACUCCCCGUUUUACCUCAAUUACGGGAUGGACCCUACAGUGCCAAUCUCCACCAACGUUGAGAGCCAAGUACCACGAUCACAGCAGUUCGUCGAAGAACUACAGACUGCCCGCGACAAAGCUGUCGAACUUAUUCGCAAGGCGAACGCAACUGCCCGACGGUAUACGAAUUUACAUCGCCGGGAUAUUACGAUGACAGCGGGGCAACUAGUCCUUCUGGACACCAAGAAUUUGCGACUACCAUUACCGACGAAAUUACGACCACGUUUUUGUGGCCCGUUCAAGAUCGUGAAGAUGGUGACGCCGGUGACCGCCCAGUUGCGCCUACCUGAUGACUGGCGAAUUCACAACAAAUUCCACGUGAGUCUGUUGCGACCCUUCGUGCCUGACACGUCGGACAUCGCUCGACAGCGAUUGGUUCCAGACGCUGAGGUAUCGCAGCAGGCAGAGGGGCUACCUGGAGCUGGACCUGCUGCUGGGCAAGUGGGUGGACGAGCAUCUCCCUUCCCUAGAUGACCCCUAAUUGAGGGCUCUCGCACAGCUCA